GUGUCAGCGCGGAGGUGUGGGGAGUUGUUGUGAUCACGACAGUUCUGAUGGCUGGAAGACGAAGGCGGAGGACUCCCCUCCAAGAUGCGACAGACCACAUUGAGAAAGCAGUUGAUAAAACAGAAGAACUUGAAAUUAUGUACAUCAACUCCUAUAAAGGGCGAGGGGUCUUUGCAAAGUCACAUUUCUCAAAAGGAGAUUUUGUGGUGGAAUACAGAGGGAAGUUGAUAAAUUUUGAGGAGGCAGAAAGGAGGAAGAGGACCUAUCACCAAAGAUGUACCGUUUUCAUGUUUGACUUCUAUUGGAGAGAGAAGAUGUGAUGCAUUGACGCAGCACAAGAAGAUGGCAGCCUGGGACGACUUGUCAACGAUGACCACCGUCAUCCGAAUUGCAAAAUGAAGAGGAUUAUGCAUGAGGCCAAACCACACCUCUGUCUGUUUGCUUCAAGGGACAUUCAGCCAGGAGAAGAAGUAACAUAUGACUAUGGUGGAAGUGAUUGUCCAUGGAGAACACAGACUGAGGAACAACCUCCAGCAGCCAAGUCAUCUGAUCCUCACCUGUCCAGACCUGUAGAGAUGACUCCAGAGUCACCUCCAGUACUCGUCGUACAAACUGAGGAACAACCUCCAGCAGCCAAGUCAUCUGAUCCUCACCUGUCCAGACCUGUAGAGAUGACUCCAGAGUCACCUCCAGUACUCGUUGUACAAGCAAAGGAUGAAGGACUUACAAGAAUAAGAGCUGGAAGCUCUCCUGUUGUAAAUAUUACAAAUUCUAAUGAAGCAGAAACUCAAUGCACUGUUUCUUCACAGCUAACCGAAAGCUGUGAGGCAUCAGGUCCAUCCACUGAAUGUGACUUGACCAUCACUGACACAUCUAUUCCAAAGCUGAGGAGAACAAAAAGCAUAGAGAUGAGAGCGCCCCUUGAUUAUGAUUCAGAUGAGCUAUUUGAUUCCACCUCGGAUGACAGCGGAGAAAAGUACAUCCCUAAAAGUGGAGAAGACUCUUCUGAAGAUACAGACACCAGUGAGAUGCUCAUAGCUGAUGAGAAAAUUAAUAAGCUCAGAUUUCCAAGCAUGAUAGUGCACACUGGAAAGGAGUCACAAUCACUUGCUGAACUGGACAAUACAAAAAAUCAGAAAAGUGAGAGAGGGAGAUCACGUGUAAGGAAACAAAACAGGAGUCAUAAGAGAUGUUCAAGCAAGCAAGUGACUGAACCAAUAAUAGAAAACUCUGCAUCAAAUUCAGAGCAAAACCUACCCUGUACAGAUUCUUCUAUAAGUAAAACAAACAACAGUUCACUUUUCAUACCUGCUGUUUUUAAAAAAGAUGAUGGAUCUAGAAUGUACAGCAAAAAGCAAUACUGUUUGUACUGUAAAAAAGGGAUUUGUUAAGAUGGCAAGGCAUUUGGAACGUGCUCAUCAAGAUGAGGCAGAAGUUGCAAGGGCUUUUUCCUUCCCGAAAAACUCUAAGGAAAGACUACUACAGCUGGAACAUUUAAGAAACAAGGGCAAUUUUUCACACAAUGUGCAAGUUCUGGACUCUGGUGUUGGAAUUCUUGUAGCACGACAGCAGCCCAGUCAACCUGUUCAAGCUGAGGACUAUCUACAUUGUUCAUAUUGUCAGGGUCUUUUCCUGAGGAAAGUCCUUUGGAGGCACAUGAAACUGUGCAAAUUCAAACCUUGUAUUCCAGUGAAACCUGGUAGAACACGUAUCCAGGCCCUCUGUGGCUAUGGAACUCCUCCACCAACGGGAACAACGGCUCAGCUGUGGAAGCUAAUCAACAACAUGUUGCAAGAUGAUGUGUUCCAUGCAAUCAAAUCUGAUGCCUGUAUAAUGGAAUAUGGUGAACAUCUGUACAAUAAGCUUGGAUAUGAUCCCAGCAAACAUGAGUAUAUACGUCAGAAAUUGAGGGAGCUUGGAAGACUGCUGUUGUGCUCGAGAAAAACCACUCACCUGAAGACUAUUAAAGAGCACGUACAACCUGCAAAUUUUAUGCAUGUCGUUCAAGCUGUAAAAGAAGUGGCAGGGUACAAUUCUGAAAAGCAUUCCUACAGUUGCCCAAGUCUAGCUUUGAAGAUUGGAUAUAGCUUGCAAAAAGUCUCCUUGCUUGUUGAAAGCCGUGCCAAUGUGAUUGGUGACGAAAAUGCAGCAAAGGAAGCUCAAACAUUUCGCAGAGUUUACGAAGCCAGGUGGAAUGAACUAAUAUCAUCCGCGUCCCUUAGAACUCUUAAUGAGUCAAAGUGGAACAGGCCACAGUUGCUCCCUUUUACAAAAGACGUCCAAACACUUCACUCUUUUUUGGAUGCUGAGCAAGAAGAUCUUUUCCACAAGCUGUCCUCAGUCACAUCGCUUCAGACAUACACACAGCUGACAAAGGUUAUUUUGACACAAGUUAUUUUGUUUAACCGACGCAGAUCUGGAGAAGUAUCAAAAAUUCCUCUCUCUGCCUAUACAUCCCAAAAUGUGUCGGAUUCACAGGAGGAUGUGAAUCUUGCCCUUUCAGAUCUAGAGAAGAGACUCUGUCAGCAUUUCCGAAGACUGGAGAUUAGAGGCAAACGUGGAAGAAAGGUCCCUGUGCUUUUGAGUCCGGCAAUGCAACAAACAUUGGAUUUGCUUGUCAGCAAACGACAGGAAUGUGGGAUUCUCACAGAGAACAUAUACCUAUUUGCAAGACCAUCCAGUUUGACUUGCUACCGCGGCUCUGAUAGUCUUCGGUACUUUGCCAAGGCUUGUGGUGCGAAAAGCCCUGACAGUCUGACUUCAACAAAACUACGGAAACAAACUGCAACCCUGUCUCAGGUCUUAAACCUAAGUAAUACUGAGUUAGAUCAGCUUGCUGACUUUUUAGGGCAUGACAUUAGGGUGCACAGGCAGUUUUAUAGACUUCCCGAAGGAACUCUCCAACUUGCUAAAAUCAGCAAAGUACUCUUGGCUCUGGA